UCAAUAGCUCCUUGGUCGUGUCACCUACUGACCUCAAACAAGGUUCAGAAUGUACACUGACUACCCUUCUAUAUUUCACGCCCUUUAGUUUGUCUAUUUUCAUCUAACACGUUUUUAUAUUAAUUUUUCAAAGUUUCUAAUUUCAAUAGCUCCUUGGCUUUGGUGUUCACUUGUACACAGAAGAGGGUUUGAAGAUCCUAGAUGAACAUCUGAGAAAGCGCAGUCCAGUGACUCUUCAUCUUGAUGCCACUGGUGGGGUUGUGUCUAAGAUUAGCAAUCAUAGUAAAAGAGUUCUGUACUAUGCUCUGGUUCUGCCCGGAAUGGGCAAGGAUAAACCACCCCUCCCCGUAUCCGAGAUGAUUAGUGUUCAGCACUCCAUCCCAACAAGAACCUUUUGGUUAAUGGAGACCGUACACAAGGUCUCACAAAUGACAAGUUGCAAGGUGAGACAGGUGGAGGCUGAUUUCAGCUGGGCACUGAUUGGAAGUGUAUUGCUCUCAUUUAACAAAGAGAGCAUCACUUCUUAUCUAAACAGAUUCCACAGCAUAGUUUCCUUGGAGGAAAAAGAAGAUUGCGAAGACUUCACAGUGCUCCAUCUGUGCUCUGCCCACAUCCUUAAGGCUGUCGCCCAGGGAUUUGGGAAGAAAACAAAUGACAAUGGGCUCAAAGAGUAUGCAACUUUUUGCUUUGCCUUGUUGCUCAACAGCACCUCUUUCUUCGAGGCACUCUGUCUUUAGACACAUGUGCUUUUCAAAUCACAACAUAAAAGUCAUCUUGUGGAUGAAUCACAAAAGCAUUUAGAUGAGAGUAUUAUGAAGUCAGAGAAGGUGAAGGACGUGAUGAGAGAUGACAGUUAUGAAGAAAGUGCAAUGUCAGCAAAAAACAAACAAUAUGUGGACAAUCUCCCUUCACGCGUGAAUUCAUGUCAGUUCUUAAACAUUCACAGAGUCUUCUGGAGUAGACACAGACAGGGCCUGAAUAUACGUUUUUCUGCCCUGGGAUAAUCAAUGUUCUAAUGGACACUUACAUGGCCAUUUUCUCCCAAUGGAGUGGGAUACUGCUGGGUGACCUUACAAGAUAUUGUAAUGUGACCAACACAACAUUGCAAUCAGUGAAAUCACGGGACACCAACUGCUAUGUGGAACAGUGGUUCUAGAUCCUGAAGCAUUCCAUUUUGCAAAAUAAUACAUUCCUCCGUCCAGCUGAAUUCAUUUUGAAAAUGCAUGCCCCCCUCCAAGGAUGGUAUAGGGAGCACAUAAUAAAAGAUGAUCUGCCAGAAUCACUGUUCACUAAAUCCCCCGACCGCAAGAAGUCGUUGGACCAGGAAGAGGAGCAGUGGGCCAAGAGACAAAGAAAAGACUCACCUGACAAGUCCAGAUUAAAGUAUUUCCACCCUCACAGACAAUUACCUGAGCCAAAGAAGAAGGGUAAAAAGAAACCAGCAGGGAAGGCACACCACAAGAAAGAUGAAAGCAGGGAUGAGGCAACAUCACUCCAAGACAACGAGGCUGCAGGCCAGGUCACAGCUCUGUGGCGAAGAAAUAAUUGUGAGGUGGUGGUUGCUGUUGUGAGGUCUACAGACAAAACGUCCUCUUUCCUUCUCCAUCAUUCAGAGUUUAAAAUUCUGCAACCCCACAAAUGGCUUGUGGGUGAGACGAUCGAAUGGUACUUUCAAGCAACCACAAAAAGCUGCAGUCACGGGACAAAGAUUUACAUCCUAAAUCAUUACUCAGCCCAAGUCAUUCUAAAUGGAGAAAGAAGUUUAGUGUGCAAGCAAAGUCUGCCCAAGGUGAACUUCGGUAACUACAAUGCUGUCAUGAGUUUCUUGAAUGUGGACCAGAACCACUGGAAGUUCAUUUAUCUGCAUGAACCAUCAGGCCAAGUGUUUUUGAUUGACCCUGCUGGACAGAAAGAGAAGGACGAAUCGGAACACACUGCAUUAAAAUUCAGAGAAUACUUCCAAAUGAGAAGAUCCCGCCAUGGAAAAGACGACUGGGUGGAUAUAAAGUGGAAAGGAGGGGAGAUAACUCCCACCAUGCAGCAGGACACCUUCAGCUGUGGGGUCUUUGUAAUGCAGGUUUGAUAGUUAUAUUUUCAAUAAGGAAUGGUUAGCUGUUAUGUGACAAUUAGGUCAAAAACUCUAUUUUAUUGUUUGGUGUAGAUUGCCAAGGAAGUUGCACAGAACUUCCCCAACAUCCCCUCCCAAAUGGAUAUAGAACCUUCACAAAAACACAUGGAGCAACUGCGAAAAGAAAUGGCUGAGGAUAUACUAAAAAUGUCUGGUAUAUAAUGACAUUUAAUACAAAGUAAAUGUCAAUUCUUUAUUUUUAUGUAGUUGUGAGGGACAACCAUAUGUUCAGUUCAUGCCUAUAAUUUCAGAGUUCAACAAAGCCAACAACUGCUUCAUGUGUGCCACUGAUAAAGAACCUGGAUGUGGCCCAAAGACUGGAUUGAAUGUUUUGCAUGCCAAAGGUGGUUCCAUGUGCUGUGCCUAGGGAUGAACACAAAAUAGUUCAACAGAGUGAAGAACACAAAUUGGAAGUGCUGUCUUUGUUGUUGAAAAUGUAUGCUAUACCCCAUCCACACUGAAUAGGCUCUGAAAUGUACAUCAACCAGGGAUAAAGAGAAAGUUAACACUGUGAAAUGUUUUGUACUUAUUUGAAGUAAAGUGUCUGUUGACAUGUUGGAAAAGAUUAAAGGUCUACAAUUUCUGUUUAAUUUGUCAAUAUAACAUUUUAAUUCAUUGAUUAUCUGGCCACCAUUAUUGUGGUUACAUAUUCAGUAUAUGUAUUGACCAGAAAACCCACUGCAGCCGACCUUACUGGCCGUGCAGUUCACUCUCCAUCCCUGCUUUAGACAAUUAAUAACAUGACUCUCGUACUUUGCCCUUUUCCUUUAUGGUUGAUUGAUAUUAACGAUGAAAGGAGAUAUUCUCUUUCUCUCUCCUA